AUGCUGGAGACCUACAGGAACCUAACUACUAUAGGAUACAUUUGGGAAGACCUUAACACCGAAGAGCAUUGUCAAUGUUCUAGAAGACAUGCAAGGUAUGAGAGAAUACAAGCUGGAGAAAAACCCUAUGAAUGUAAUCAGUGUGGUAAGGCCUUUGCACGUCAUCAUCACCUUCAAUUGCAUAAAAGAACACAUACCGGAGAGAAACCCUAUGAAUGUAAUCAGUGUGGUAAGGCCUUUGCACACCACAGUAAUCUUCAAAGCCAUAAAAGAACACAUACUGGAGAGAAACCCUAUGAAUGUACUCAGUGUGGUAAGGCCUUUGCACGCUACAGUGCUCUUCAAGAACAUCGAAGAACACAUACUGGAGAGAAACCCUAUGAAUGUAAUCAGUGUGAUAAGGCCUUUGCAUGUCACAGUGAUCUUCAAAGGCAUAGAAGAACACAUACUGGAGAGAAACCCUAUGAAUGUAAUCAGUGUGGUAAGGCCUUUGCACGACUUAAUCAUCUUCAAUUGCAUAGAAGAACACAUACUGGAGAGAAACCCUAUGAUUGUAAUCAGUGUGGUAAGGCCUUUGCACAACACAGUAAUCUUCAAAGCCAUAAAAGAAUACAUACUGGAGAGAAACCCUAUGCAUGUAAUCAGUGUGGUAAGGCCUUUGCACACCCCAGUCUUCUUCAAUUGCAUAACAGAACACAUACUGGAGAGAAACCCUAUGAAUGUAAUCAGUGUGGUAAGGCCUUUGCAACUCAGAGUAAUCUUCAAAAUCAUAAAAGAACACAUACUGGAGAGAAACCCUAUGUAUGUAAUGAGUGUGGUAAGGCCUUUGCACAGAACUUUGCUCUUCAAUACCAUAAAAGAACACAUACUGGAGAGAAACCCUAUGAAUGUAAUCAGUGUGGUAAGGCCUUUGCAACUCAGAGUAAUCUUCAAGAUCAUAAAAGAAGACAUACUGGAGAGAAACCAUAUGUAUGUCAUGAGUGUGGUAAGGCUUUUGCACAGAACUUUGCUCUUCAAUACCAUAAAAGAAGACAUACUGGAGAGAAACCCUAUGUAUGUAAUGAGUGUGGUAAGGCCUUUGCACAGAACUUUACUCUUCAAUACCAUAAAAGGACACAUACUGGAGAGAAACCCUAUGAAUGUAAUCAGUGUGGUAAGGCCUUUGCACGCCACAGCUAUCUUCAAAGCCAUAAAAAAACACAUACUAGAGAGAAACCCUAUUAA